GGCCAUGAUGGAGGAGCACCAGCCUCUUAUAUCACAAGAAAACUUCAGUAAGAAUUCUGCGGGAAACGUCAUGUUAUCACUAAAUUAUAAAGUAGAAGAUGAAGACAUCAUGCAGCGCUCUUUAGGAGAAAACUUUAAUGUACAUCCAGGACUUCCCAGUACAGAUCUGUCAUAUAAUCCCCCUAAUCAUGAGGGACCUUCUCCUGACCACUCACAGAUUGUUACCACAAAUAUAGGUCAGAAAGGGGGAAAAAGAUUUAAGUAUGGUAAAGAGUUUACAAAAGGAGGAAUUCACACAGGAGAGAAACCAUAUUCGUGUUCAGAAUGUGGGAAAUGUUUUAAACAAAAACCAGGUCUUUUUGAGCAUCAGAGAAAUCACACAGGAGAGAAACCGUAUUCAUGUUCUGAAUGUGGGAAAUGUUUUACACGGAAAUCAAAUCUUGUUACACAUGAGAGAAUUCACACAAGAGAGAAGCUAUAUUCAUGUUCUGAAUGUGGAAAAUGUUUUACACGGAAAUCAAAUCUCGUUACACAUGAGAGAAAUCACACAGGAGAGAAGCCAUAUAUAUGUUCAGAAUGUGGGAAAGGUUUUUCACAACAACCAAGUCUUUUUAAACAUCAGAGAUGUCACACAGGUGAGAAACCUUAUUCAUGUUCAGAAUGUGGGAAAUGUUUUUCAGAAAAAUCUAAUCUUCUUAAACAUAAGAGAGGUCACAAAGGAGAGAAGCCUUAUUCAUGUUCAGAAUGUGGGAAAUGUUUUACACAAAAGUUUACUCUUUUAAAACAUCAGAGAUUUCACACAGGAGAGGAACUAUAUUCAUGUUCAGAAUGUGGGAAAUAUUUUACAGAUAAAUCACAUCUUGUUAAUCAUACGAGAAUUCACACAGGAGAGAAACCGUUUUCAUGUUUAGAUUGUGGCAAAUGUUUUAUGAAAAAAUCAGAUCUUGUUAGACAUCAGAUGAUUCACAUGGGAGUGAAACCAUAUCCAUGUUUAGAAUGUGGGAAAUGUUUUGCUCAAAAAUCAAGUCUUGUUGAACAUGAAAGGAGUCACACUGGCGAGAAGCCGUUUUCAUGUUCAGAAUGUGGAAAAUCUUUUACAUGGAAAUCAAACCUUGUUAAACAUCAGAAAAUUCACACAGGGGAGAAACCGUAUUCAUGUUCAGAAUGUGGGAAGUGUUUUACAGAUAAAUCCCAUCUUAUUAUACAUGAGAGACGUCACACAGGAGAGAAGCCAUUUUUAUGUUCAGAAUGUGGAAAAGGUUUUACAGGGAAAUCAUAUCUUGUUAAACAUCAGAGAAGUCACACAGGGGAUAAAAUGUAUUGAUGUUUAGAAUAAGAGAAGUCACACAAAAGUCAAGCCAAUUUUUUGUUCAGAAGGUGGGUAAUGUUUUACUAGGAAAUAAUUUCUGGUUAAACAUCUGAGAUGUCACACAGAGGAGAAACCAUAUUGAUGUUCAGAAUGUGGGAAUUGUUUUAGACAGAACAUAAUCUUGUUAAAGUGGUUUUGUCACUUGUUGCUUUCCCGGCAUGUCUGUUGCUUUGUGGGCCUGUUUCUGAGCUGGAGGGGCCAGAGCUUCUCCUUCUUAUUGACAGCAGAAAGAUCAAGUAAACCUUCCUGUUGCCUCUGCAUGUGCGCACACACAUGCGGGCCCCCAUAGUUCCUGACUGCAUUUGCAUAUAGAGAUAACAGGGGGUCCGAGCAAGGUCGAUGCCUGUCUCCUGAUAGCGUUACUAGGAGACACAUACAGUCACUCUGCCAGGCACUGUGGGAAACUUUCCAGGAGUCAUUUUUCACAAGAUGACAGAAGGUACUUGCGAUCUGAAUAUUACACAUCCAGGGCUUGCAAAAACCUGUUAUACUUUAUCCUGGUGGCAUAACUGUAUAGAACAGCUUCAGGGCUGCACUGCAUGAGCUGUUCUAUAGGAGGAACAAGGUCGGGUGUGGAGCUUAUCCAAGAAUAUAUACGAGGUGGCUGGGGACAGGAGCUAAAAACUACAAUACAUAGAGGUGACGAGAGUGAAUUCACAUGCACUGGCCUCUGUGUGGGCUGACUCCAGUGAAUCUCACCCACCAGAUAACUAGGAUAAUUUUCUCCUAGUGCGCAGGUGCAGCAACCGCAGAAGAGAAGCAACAUAGAAAAUAGAAGUAUAUUAGUGCUUGAAAAUAGUUAUAAACACAUUAAGUAUUAGGUGAGACAACCCCAAGAGAGAAGCUUUAUUCAUGUUCAGAAUAUGGAAAGCACUUUUCUGAAAAAUCUAAACUUCUUUCAGGAGAGAAACCAUUUUCACAUAUUAGGUUAUUCAUGUACCUUAAAGAGCCAAUAAGAAAGUUUCGUUUUUGGGUGGAAUUACCCAUAUCUUCCUGGUGAUCAAAUGGAGGAAAAGUAUUGUGGAUAUUGUGAGAAGGGCAUGGUUUGGGAGAACUGAUAUCUGCCUUGCAAAUGGUUAAACUGUGAGUGGUAAGCCUUGGGUGUGUCUCUGUGAACUGAAAGGUUAACUCAGAAGCAGGGUUAAUAGUCUGUUUUGUCUAUUUUAACCAUAGCUAACAUAGACAGAUUGUAAAAUAUGUACUGAGACCUGCUUUUACUGGAGUGAGUGAGGUUGGCAGUGGGACGCUCACUCCACCCGGGCUUUUGUCCUGGGCUACCAUAGCCCAUUGCUGAGAGUCACAUGGGUCAUUAGGGUCUAAUUUAAAGCUCUGUGUAGAGCUGAGCAGUGUGGCCAUACCUGGAGAAGCUGACUACUGAACUACAGACGGCAUUGCAUGUGCCACCCAAUACUUACCCUUUGUACUUGUGGGCCGGGUAGCUAGUCCCAUGUAUAGUUAGGGACUGUUUUGUUGUAUUAGCUACUGGCUCAGCCGAGUAGGGUUUUGUUUGUUCAAGCCUGUUUUGUUAAGACUAUGCUUUU